CUCAUCCUCCUCGGUCUGGCGUUAGCCACGAUCUUCGCUCUGGUCUGCGUGCUGCUGACCAGAGAAAGGACCCCCAGAAGCUGCCAGCACCUGCCCCCGGAGCAGGAGGACACGGAGGAUGGGCAGAGCCUGGUGUUUGCUGACCUGACAGCUGAGGAGAUGUCCCAGGUGGUGCUGUACCUGCGGGGCCACCUCGGGGUGCCGCUGGUGGACGCGUCCCGUGCCAAACCCUCGGAGAACUGCAUCGCCUGGCUGGAUCUGCAGGUGCCCGCCAAGGCAGAGGUGCUGCGGUUCCUGGACGGCGGCGGGGCUCGUCCCCCCCGGGAGGCUCUGGCCGUGCUGUACUUUGGGCAGCAGCCAGAGCCCAACAUCACCGAGUACGUGGUGGGGCCGCUGCCCGGGCCGGCGUACCACCGGGACGUGACGGUGCAGAAGUACGGGGGGAAGGUGCCCUACCAC